CUCCAACUCCCAGCACUGAGAAGAGAGGGCGGGAGAAGGCGGGCGGUGUUGUGCGCAUGCGUCAAUGCAGCUGAGCAGGGGGACGUGGGUGCAGGAACACCCCGGAGGUGCUAGGUGGGACGUUGGCCACCCACCUCGCUCUUGAGCUGGGAUCCAGCGGGCUGACGUCGAGAUGACACUCUUCCACUUUGGCAACUGUUUUGCUCUGGCUUAUUUCCCUUAUUUCAUCACCUACAAGUGCAGCGGACUGUCAGAGUACAAUGCCUUCUGGAGAUGUGUCCAGGCUGGGGCCACCUACCUCUUUGUCCAGCUCUGCAAGAUGCUGUUUUUAGCCACGUUCUUUCCAACCUGGGAGGGCGGAGCAGGCGCCUAUGACUUCAUUGGAGAGUUCAUGAAAGCCACAGUUGAUCUGGCCGACUUGGUGGGUUUGCACCUAGUGAUGUCCAGGAACGCAGGGAAAGGGCAGUAUAAGAUCAUGGUUGCUGCCAUGGGGUGGGCCACGGCUGAGCUUAUCAUGUCCCGGUGCAUCCCGCUGUGGGUAGGAGCUCGUGGCAUCGAGUUUGAUUGGAAAUACAUCCAGAUGAGCAUCGAUUCCAACAUCAGUUUGGUCCAUUAUAUUGCUAUGGCUGCCCUGGUAUGGAUGUUUACUCGCUACGACUUACCCAAACACUACAGGCUGCCUCUCACUUUCCUCUUGGGAGUCAGCAUCUACAAAGCUUUCUUCAUGGAAUCUUUCGUUCAUGUUUUCCUGCUGGGCAGCUGGACGGCGCUGCUGGUCAAAGCGGUCAUCACUGGCCUCCUUUCCCUCAGCUCCCUGACACUCUUUGUCACUUUGGUGCACAGCAACUGAGGAGCUGCCUUCCUGCGCUUUCCAGUUUGUGGAGCAGCCUCCCUGUCCAUCUCAGCCAAAAGCCUUUGUGGCCCAGGUGAUGCACGGCUCGGUCCUGGUCGCUGCGAGAGCCAUUUGGUCCUGCCGCCCACUCACCACCACCACCGAUAAUAAUAAACCCCCUUUGUUUUAUUUUUCACA